AGAAGGAACGCGUCAGGCUGGGGAACGGAAGAGAGGGCGAGGGAUGUGUUUAGCAAAGGGACCCGCCACUCCGUUGUGUGUGCGAUUGUGUUUGCUUCUUGGCGAUGUUUCCAAGAGUCUCCGCGAUCAUACCUCUUCGCCUCCUCUCCCCCUUCCCUUUAUGCCCUGGAGGCUCAGAGGCACCGGCGGCUGCGAUUGUGCGACUCGGUGCUCCGCACGGAACGGUCAGGACAAAAAAUGAAGUCCACCGAUAUUUUGGCACGAACAACGUGAUCUGUAACAAGAAAGAUGAGCAGUCUGCUCCAACACGUGAUAUUUCCAAGGAAACGGAGACCCAAGAGAGUGUGAAGGAGAACACGAAAAAAGACUUGUUAGGUAUUAUUAAGGGCAUGCGAGUUGAAUUAAGCACAGCCAAAGUACAAACAACAAGGCCACCCAAUAGAAGACAACUUAAGAGUAUAGAGGCUACAACUGGCAGGCUUCACAAAGUUCCGGAAGAUGCCCCAAAAAAGAGAACCAAGUCCCUGAGUCCUGAGUUGGUAGCAGCCGCAGCUGCUGUUGCAGAUGUUCUCCCGUUCGAUAAGCAGAUGACCAAGUCAGAGCUGCUCAGGCAGCUCCAGCAGCACGAGGAAGUCUCAAAGGCACAGAAGGAUGGAGAAAGAGCUAAAAUUAGUGUCAGUAACAUAAUAUCAGAUAUGAAAAUUGCCAAAUCUUCCACAGCUAGAGUUAGUACAAGACCAGUGCAUCAAAUUCAGUUUGAUGAAGGAUCUAACGAUUACGUGGGCCAGAAGAAGACCAAUGAUCUUAAAAAAAGCCUUAGGAAAAAUAUGCUCAAGGGGAAGAGACUUAAUAUUUUUGACCUUAAGGCCGUUACUGAAGAGGCACCCGAAACAGAGACAGCACCUUCACUUUGGGAUGUGGAAUUUGCUAAGCAGUUAGCUGAGGUAAAUGAACAGCCCCUUCAGAAUGGUUUUGAAGAGAUGAUCCAGUGGACCAAAGAGGGGAAACUGUGGGAGUUUCCGAUUAACAACGAAGCAGGUUUUGAUGAUGAUGGUUCAGAAUUUCAUGAACAUGUAUUUCUGGAUAAAUAUCUGGAAGAUUUUCCAAAACAAGGACCAAUUCGCCACUUCAUGGAGCUGGUGACCUGUGGCCUUUCCAAAAAUCCAUAUCUGAGUGUUAAACAGAAGGUUGAACAUAUAGAGUGGUUUAGAAAUUAUUUUAAUGAAAAACAAGACAUUCUAAAAGAAAGUGGCAUACACUUCAAUUGAAGACCAUGGAAAUUUUUGUUUCAAGCUGGAGGUAGAUACUAUAACUAAAUUAAAUAAUUUUACUAGAAGUUUUCCUAUAUUAUGUUAAUUAUUACAUCUGAUUUGAAUGGUAUAAAUGUUAAAUUUCUUAAAAGUAUAUAAUAGUAACUGAAGAAUAUUCUUGCAUGAAGAAAAGUCAACAUUCACAGAAUCAACUAGUAAUUCUUAACAAGAAGAAUAUCUUAGAAUUAGUAAUAAGUUUAAGGCUGCUUUCUCCAACAUUUUUCUUUUCAGUGACCAUACUUCUUUGAAAUAUAAUUAUUAACCACAUAUCUGAUGAUGUCAGGAUGCUGUAAAAAUUGAGAUGAUUUAUAGACAGGUUUAUAUGCUGUGAAUAUGUAUAUCUACAUACACAUAUGUUUUAUAUAUUUGAAUAUAUAUACAUAUAUAUUUUUAUAUAUUUCACCAUAAAUUAAUGACCCUUGUGUAAGUCUGGGUCACCAGCGAGAAGCAACCUUGUAAAAAUAAACAGCUUAUUCUAACCCCCUCUAGCCCUUUAGGUCUUCAUGCCAAACUUAGAACUGUUUAUUUUUCUAUUAUGGUGCUUAGCAGUGUGACUCAAUUUCAUACAACUCAAAGGAUUGAAGAUUCUAAAAGACUCAAAACCAGAAUUUAGUUUACAGCAGCCCCAGCCUAGUAGUGUUUCAGGCCCCCGGCAAAUGAAAAUCCUGUGAAGGAACCCAUCAUAAACUCAGGAUUAAAAUUAUAAAAUAUAUAAGGAAACAAAGCAGCGUGAUUGCACACAAGCAGAAACAGAUAACAAAAGCAGACUUUGUAAAGCCUUUAAAUAUUCAUACUAUGAACUACAUAUAAGAUAAAGUAUAGAGCAAGAGACGAAAGUGAUUGGAUUUUGGAAAAAAAAUUUAGUGAAGAAGUGUAACAACAGAUUAGAUACUGGAAAAUAGAUCUCAAGAAAUCCAUAUGUAGUGGAGAGAAGAAAAGAGAAAAGAAGUAUGAAAGCAAGGUAAAGAUUGGUAUAAGAAGGCAACAUUUGCUAGGCACCUGGCUGGCUCAGUCAGUAAGUAGAGCAUGCGACUCUUGAUCUCAGUUCAAGGCCCAUGUUGGGCAUGGAGCCUACUUUUAAAAAAGUAAAAAAAAGUAAUAUUUGUGCAAUCAGAUUUCCAGAAGGAGAAAAAAAAGGAGAAAUGGGUCAGAAUUUGUCUUUGGAUAGUUCAUGGAUGCAAAAUUUUUACAAUUUAUGAGAGACAUCAGUUCACAGUGGAGUGUGGAGAGAACCUGAGAUUUGCUUCUAGCAAAUAGACUAUGGUAAAGGUGACUCCCUUCGUUGGGUUAUGUUCUGUGGCAAAAGCGAAAGAAUUAGUCACUCUUGUGAUUAUAGUACAUUACGUAAGACUCCUUGUUAGCCAACUGAGUGAGAAUUCUACUGGCUUUGAAGAAGCUGCCAUAUCGUGAAAAGGCCUAUGCAUGGGCCACACGGCGGGGAACUGCAGGGCCAGCAGGAGCUGGGAGCAACCUCCCGCUGACAGCCUGCCACGAAAUGGGGAUCUCCGUUCUACAGCCUCCAAUAACAAUUCUACCAACAACCGUGGAAGAGGACCCUAAGCUCUGCAAAGGCACACAGCCUAGCUGACGCCUGGCUUGCAGCCUUGUGAAACUUUGAAGAGAGACCCAGCUGAGUGACCCACAGAAACUGGGAGAUAAUGUGCAUGUUGUUGUAAGCCACUAAGUUUGACGUUAUUUGUCAUACACCAGUGGAAAAUUGAUACAGAAGAGGAGAAACGAAAUUGUCAGUAUGAUUCUGUGGAAAAAAAGAAUCUAUAAAUUACAAGAACUAAUAGAACUUAGCAAGUUUGCAGCUGCGUUUCUACAUGCCAGCAACAGAUAAAAUGUAAUUUAGAAGAUACUGUUUAUAGUAGCAUCAAAAGUGUAAAUGAAUAAAAUCUUAGAUAUGUA